GACCGCAGCCCACCAAUCGGAACUGUCCAGGUGCGGUGCCCGAUGCCCGAAGCGUGGCUCCUUCCGAUUGGGCUCGGCCAGCAGCUGUCCUCCAAUCACAUGGCUCCGCGGGCCUCUCACACGCAGGGCCACCCCCUGGCCUGGGAAGCCGUGGCCUCUGAGGAAAACCGUCCAAUGAACGUCAGCGCAUAGCACGUCUGUCUUUUCCUAGAGGUCCCGGGGAACCACUUCCGGUUCCUACAGAACGUUUAGUCCGUGACUAGGGGAAACGGUAGCUAAGACAACGCGUUUUUUACCCUUUUCCCGUCUACGACGGGGUGAGGGUAAUGUUGGGAGCCGUUUCCGCUACGCUCGCCGUCACCUUUCUGUUCGUUAUCGCUUUUCGAAAAAGGGAAAUAUGUAAAGGGUAGAACACUCUUCCUGGGUGCGUAUGGAUGGUAGUGAGAAACUACAAUUCCCGGCAUGCAACGCACUAGACUUAUGAAUGCUGGGAAUCGUAGUCUUUGGCCUUAGAGCCAGUAGGCGUAGUUUGGCCUUUGCGCAUUCUCGUCUUGUACCUGCGGGCCAUGUACCCUGAGUGAUUUAGGAUUUCCACAUUAUUCUGAUUGCAGAUUAGAUCUGUGCUUGUUGCGGUACUGUAAUUCACAUAGUUUUCAGAGGCGGACCUGGAGAGCCUUCCUAUUCGUCCGGUGCCGAGAGCCAGCCCUGGCCGGUGGUGGCACGCUGGUUUCCAGUUCUUGCAGGCAUAACUGUGUCAUCAUUGGAGUGUUUUCCAUUAGCUUGGUGGGAUUAAAUUCCAGUAGAUGGACAGUGGCAUUUCUUCAUCAGAACACAAUUCAAAGACAUGAUUUUAGUUAAGCUGACUGGUUGUUUAUAGUGUCAUUGAGGAGAAGACUCAAACUGCAGAAACUGGCAAUUGGGCCAGGAUAAAAGGUGUCUUUAUUCCUAGUGUGAUGUUAUCCCUAAACUGCAUGAAAUGAAUGAGAAGGCAAGUGAGCCUGGAGCAAGACACAACAGUCAACCCAUCUUAAAGUGCCAGAAACGCAUCCAGCCUUAUGUCUGCUCCACUCUAGAUGACUUCCAGGAAGAGAGAGACUUUUUGGCCAAUAUCAUCUUCCCUCGACUUAAUGACUUCUGCAGCCUCCGGGGCACCUACUUCAAAGCUGUGGACCUGAGGUGGUCAGCCGUGAAGGCCCAUAAGUCCUUCACCACCAACCUGUUCCGACAGUACUCCUGCCUCCGCUCGCAGAAUCUGAAGCUUUGCCUUGACUAUGUGGACAGCUGUUUUCCCUUUUUCAUCUGCCUGCUAGGGCAGAACUAUGGAGACUUCCUCUCCGAGUACUCACCUUACCUGUUCUCCAAAGUGAAGGACUUCGAAAGUUUGUCCAAGGGAGAACAAAAUCUGUAUGUUGCUGCAAAAAAUGGCUACCCUUGGGUCCUGGAGACUCCCCACUGCAGCCUGAUGGAGUUCGAGAUCAUCCAUGCAGCAUUUCGGAAGGAAUCUCCAUUUCAGUUUUUCUACUUCCGGACAGCGAACUCACUGAGGACUUUCAGUGAGGAGGAAGAUGUGUCCAUGGCUUCUCUGAAGAAUCAAGAGGGAAAAACGAAAAUUGGAAAACUCAAGGCUAAGAUCAUUAGUAAAGGGCUUCCGGUCCGAUUUUACAGAGACCUGGAGGAGCUGGGUGAGAUGGUCUUCAAGGACUGGUCAGCUGUUGCAGAAAAGCUCUACCCAGUCCCUGGGGCUGUGGAAAACAUAGACUACAAACACAGUCUUGAGCACUUGUAUCAUGAAGAGUUUGCUGAGAAGUGCAAGCAAGUUUUUGUUUUUUCCAAGGAGUCAGACAGGACCUUUGAAAUCCUGGAACAAUUUGCCUUAAAAGAUAUUGAACUUGACUCUGACAGUACUAUAGAAGGUUCGGGGUUAGACUCCAUUCUCAGAAUACAUUCUCUUCCGGUUUAUAAGUCUAUUUUGCUCUUGUCUGGAGAACGAGGCUGUGGGAAGUCCACUCUGAUCGCCAACUGGGUCAGUUAUUUCAAAAGCAAAUAUCCCGGAGUGUUGAUGAUCCCGUAUUUCGUGGGAAGCACUUGUGAAAGCAGUGACAUCAUGUCUGUGAUCCACUACUUCAUCAUUGAGCUGCAGCACAGAGCCCACGGUCCACAGAUUGAAAUGGAUUUUCUUAAUGAAGACUCAAAUGUCUUGGUCUUUUCACUUCUUGUAGAAGUGUUCAUGGCCUCCAUCAGCUUUAAGCCAUGCAUACUUGUACUAGAUGGGAUUGAAGAGUUGAUUGGCAUUUAUGGGAUUUCAGGUCAGAAGGCGAAAGACUUCUCCUGGCUGCCUCACUCGCUCCCUCCCCAUUGUAAAUUAAUUCUGAGCACCGUCUCCUCCAGUCUGUCCUGCAAGUCACUGUGCACACGCCCUGAUGUGCGGAUUGUGGAUUUCUCGGGCAUGGGGGAUGAAGACACGAAGUUCAGCAUCUUCAAACGGCAUCUUUGCACUCGUGACAAAGAGCGCUUUGAGCAGAGCAGACCCAUUUUGAGGAAGAAGCCAAACCUGAACCCUCUGAAGCUCACUGUCAUAGCCAGCGAGCUGCAGGAGUGCAGGAUCUACCGCAACGAGUUCCAAUGUCUGAGGGAGUACUUGGAGGUGGCCUCUGUCCAGGAACUCUGGGAGUUGAUUCUGAAACGCUGGGUUGAAGAUUAUAGUUGGAAUCUGAAGCCCAAAGAGGCCAUAGAAACGGUGGCUUCAGGGCUGAGUGGAUGGGUGGCAGACGCGCUGUGCCUGUUGUGUAUCUCACAUUGUGGGCUGGCCGAGCAGGAAGUGCUCCAGCUUUUGGACAUGCUGGGCUACAGGAACCACCAAAAAGUGACUACAGUGCACUGGGCAGCCUUCCGCAACGCCACCAAGCACUGGAUCCUGGAGAAACCCAAUGGCCUCCUCUGCUUCCAGCACCAGUCCCUACGGACUACGGUGGAGCACAAGCUGCUGGGUGUGAUCACCCUUGUGAGAGAGAGCAGUCCAAACACGUCCCAGAGCCCUGUGAAUCACAAGAAGACGCGUUUCCACCAGGUCUUGAUGAGGUACUUCCAGCGGCAAACCGUUUUCUGGAGAGUGUAUCAGGAGCUGCCAUGGCACAUGAAGAUGAGCGGCUGUUGGGAAGGCCUGUGUGACUUUGUCACGAGCCCUGGCAUCACAGAUUUCAUAUCAAAAACCCACAACCUGAGUUUGUGGACCAGGCUGCACCUUGUCCACUACUGGGAUGUGCUACUGGAAGCUGGCUAUGAUGUAUCUGAGGCUUUUCUACUGUCCGUUUCCAAGAUAGAAGCAAAGCAGUACCAGAAAAUAAAGAAGCAACACAUGCUCUCAGUCCUGGAAUGCAGCCUCUCUCAGGUUACUGUCGCUGAUAAAUGCAGGAUGAUACUCUUUAUUGGAAGUUUCCUGAAACUCAUGGGCAAGACCAAUGAAGCAGAAAGGCUGUUCUUGAGUGUUGAGGACAUGCUACUACAGAACCCAUCCAUGACAGAGAUGCUCCUCAAAGCCCAGAAUGCCAUUGGGGAAUUAUAUCUUGAAAUUGGGAUGACUCAGAAAGGCCUCACAUAUUUUCAGAAAGCGUGGUCAAACCUACUACGAUUUACAAUCUGUGACUUAAAAGCCAGCCAGGAAUUGCUGAAGCAGAAAGUCAAAGUGAUGAAUAACUUGGCAAAAUCGGCAUCUGAGGAAUUCAUAAGAGAAAACAACCUUUUGGAAUAUGCUACUGAAAUCUCCAAGUUUGUGACUGAUAGCCCCCGCGAUCAAGCUACCAUGAAAUAUACUGAAGGUGUUCUCAUGUUGGUUUCUGGAAAUAUUCCUCUUGCAAAACUGAAGUUUCAAGAGUGUUUAAAUAUCAGAAGACGUCUCUUUGGAGAUAAAAACAAACUAGUUGGAGAAAUUAUGGAACUUUUGGCAGAUUUGCUGUUUUUCUUACUAGGAGAAAAUGAAAUAUCGCAAAGGAAGCAAAUAACUGAAUAUUAUAAACAAGUAAUAAAAAUCAAGGAGAAUUCAGACACUCUGACCACCUGCAAGCUUGUCAGGAAGCAGCUGAGUGUAAGCCUCAGCGAUACCUUGUGUAAACUAGCAGGCCAACUGUUGUCAGGUGACUACUGCCAUCAUGCCAUGAUGGAGGCGGUCGGCUAUUUGUAUAGGUCACUUGAUUUAAGGGCAACUUACCUGGGGUCUUCCCAUGCUUCAAUCCAGGGAAUACUGCACCUUCUAAGGGAAAUCCAGAGGUUCCGGAGCAGGAGGUGCAGGUCUCAAGGCAUGCGCCAGCUACACCCCGAAAGUUCUAGGAAUGGUUCUUUAUUAUGGGAAAACUUGUCUAAAUUAAACUGCCGAAGCGCUCAGAGCUCUGACACUGUGAACACUGCAAUGUGUAUGAAUAUAAGGAAGUUCCAGAGAGCUAAAAGCACAGUGCUUUCACCUCCUCCAGUUUCAGAUAAACCAAAAUAUGCUCCUGGCAAAGGAAAGAAGACCCUGACUCCGAUUCUGUGCCUGUCUGCAGGGGAAAAGGCCCUACAGAAGGCACAAAGUACUCAAAUAUGGAAUGGUCCAAGAAAUCAAAUUCCAAGGAAAAACAUGUUAUCUCCGGGUGAAAAGAGUGGCUUAGCCAUACUUUCAAGGCAAAGAGUUUUUUCUGCUAAAAGUGAAAGUGGAGAUGGCCUAAUCACUCCGAUUUACCAUCAACCCCUUCAAGCACCUGUUAGUCCAAAUAAUCCCUGGGGAUGCAUACCAGAGCUUGUGUCAGAAAAUUGGCUAUUUCACAGCCCUCAGUACAGCUUCUUUCGUCAGAAGCCUGUUUUCAUAAGAAGAUCUCAAAUAGAAACAAAAUGGUUGAAAACUUCAAAUGACACAAAUAAAGAAUAAAGAUCAUUUUGAGCUCUUUUGUACUU